UUGCUCAUCCGAUCCGUGCAGCCGCAGAGAGUGUGUCAAGUUACAGAGGCGCCGGAAUCUGCCCCAGCGCUCCUCGGCAGCGGCCGCGACCCACCUCAGCCCAUGGGGCCCUCCAUGUGCGCCCCUUCACCCGGGGACUGAAACUGGCUCUCCCGGGAGAGGCAAGACAUCCAGAAGGACCGGCAGCGCGGCACCAGCUCGAGGACUCUGCAGACUCUUGAAGGGGAAGACAGGCGGGGAGCCGGCCAGAUUCCCCUAACUUUCCUGGACUUGGAGCGUUCUUCAAAAUAACUUUUUCCUCACUUUGGUGUACCCCGAUUACCGCUGGUUGUGAUUUUCGGCUUUCCGCCUCCUACUGCUAAUUUUUCCGUCCUCUUUGCCGGAAGCAAAGGAAAGGGACGUUUUCCAGCCACACAAGUCCUUUCCCCCUGCCCCACAGUUUGGAUCGCGCCUUUCUCGGCAGCGGCUCUUACUUUUAUUUAUUCUAUUUAUUUAUUUAUUGGUUCUCAAGACGCAAGGGGAUGGUAGCGGAGCGAGCCCGCAAAGCGGCAGCCGCCGGUACCCGCGACCCCGGGGAGCUGGGCGCGCCCGGGACUGUGGUGCUGGCGGCGGCGCGAGCCGAGCGCUGCGCGCGGCUGCCCAGCCCAGGGUCGUGCGGGUUGCUGGCGCUGACCCUCUGCUCGCUGGCGCUCAGCCUGCUCGCCCACUUUCGGACCGCGGAGCUGCAGGCCCGGGUGCUGCGCCUGGAAGCAGACCGCGGGGAGCAGCAAAUGGAGACGGCUAUUUUGGGACGAGUCAACCAACUGCUGGACGAGAAAUGGAAGCUCCACUCACGGAGGCGCCGAGAGGCCCCAAAGAUGUCUCCAGGAUGUAUCUGCCCACCAGGACCUCCUGUAAGUACUCACACGGCAGCCAGCUCUCAGGCGUCUGAAAGGCUGUGUCAUCUACCGGGCCCCACUGGAAGACCCGGGCUCCCAGGGGACAAAGGUGCCAUUGGGAUGCCUGGACGUGUGGGAGUGAAGGGCCAACCAGGCGAGAAGGGUGCCCCUGGAGAUGCCGGGAUGUCCAUCAUCGGUCCCCGUGGCCCCCCUGGCCAGCCAGGCACCCGAGGCUUUCCUGGAUUUCCGGGUCCCAUUGGGCUGGAUGGCAAACCGGGCCAUCCCGGACCAAAAGGGGACAUGGGCCUGGCCGGUCCCCGCGGACAGCCGGGACCCCAAGGACAAAAAGGAGAAAAGGGUCAGUGUGGCGAGUACCCACACCGGCUGCUGCCUCUUCUCAAUUCCGUGCGCCUGGCUCCACCCCCCGUCAUUAAAAGGCGGACCUUCCAGGGUGAGCAGGGCCAGGCUGGCAUCCAAGGCCCACCAGGGCCACCAGGCCCUCCUGGACCAAGUGGACCUCUGGGGCACCCAGGACUGCCAGGGCCCAUGGGGCCACCUGGUUUACCUGGGCCUCCUGGACCGAAGGGAGACCCAGGGAUCCAGGGUUACCAUGGCCGGAAGGGAGAACGGGGGAUGCCGGGGAUGCCGGGCAAGCACGGAGCCAAGGGGGCUCCUGGGAUCGCUGUGGCCGGGAUGAAGGUCAGUGGAUGCUGGAAUUCUACACAAGGGCAGGGUGAGCCAGGGACCCCAGGAGCCAAGGGCGAGAAGGGGGCUGCCGGCUCCUCUGGGCUCCCUGGGCUCCUGGGACAGAAGGGAGAGAAAGGUGACACCGGCAACUCCAUUGGAGGAGGCAGGGGGGAGCCCGGCCCCCCAGGGCUCCCUGGGCCCCCAGGGCCAAAGGGAGAAGCAGGUGUCGAUGGCCAGGCCGGUCCCCCAGGUCGACAAGGAGACAAGGGGCAGCCCGGAGCAGCUGGAGAACAGGGACCAGCUGGCCCCAAGGGCUCCAAGGGAGAACCAGGGAAAGGAGAGAUGGUGGACUACAAUGGAAACCUCAACGAGGCUCUCCAGGAGAUCCGAACACUGGCCUUGAUGGGGCCUCCUGGUCUUCCUGGACAAAUAGGCCCCCCCGGAGCUCCAGGGAUCCCAGGCCAGAAGGGGGAGAUUGGAUUGCCAGGCCCUCCCGGACACGAUGGGGAAAAGGGACCUCGAGGCAAACCAGGAGACAUGGGCCCCCCUGGCCCCCAAGGACCCCCAGGAAAGGACGGGCCUCCAGGAAUGAAGGGAGAAAAUGGAUCCCCAGGGAACGCAGGAGAGAAGGGGGAGAAAGGGGAGACGGGACCAGCAGGCUCUCCGGGUCUAGAUGGCCCAACUGGGGAGAAAGGAGAACCAGGUGGCCAAGGGAGGCCCGGAGCGACAGGAUCGCCUGGCCCCAUCGGGCUCCCGGGAUUUACAGGAGAGAAAGGAGAAGCCGGGGAGAAGGGGGACCCAGGAGCAGAGGUUCCUGGGCCACCAGGGCCAGAGGGGCCUCCUGGACCUCCGGGGCUCCAAGGUGUUCCUGGACCAAAGGGAGAAGCAGGACUAGAUGGAGCAAAAGGAGAGAAGGGUGCCCAGGGAGAAAAAGGAGACCGAGGGCCUCUGGGCUUACCCGGAGCUUCAGGUUUGGACGGCAGGCCUGGGCCACCGGGUACUCCAGGACCAAUUGGAGUUCCAGGCCCAGCUGGACCAAAGGGCGAGAGGGGCAGCAAAGGAGACCCAGGGAUGACAGGACCAACGGGAGCAGCUGGGCUUCCUGGUUUACAUGGACCACCCGGGGACAAAGGGAACCGGGGGGAAAGGGGGAAGAAAGGAUCUAGGGGGCCUAAAGGGGAUAAGGGAGACCAAGGAGCACCUGGAUUAGAUGCCCCCUGUCCACUGGGUGAAGAUGGUUUACCAGUCCAGGGCUGCUGGAACAAGUGAUGCCUCUAACCUUGGAUUGGCCUGUGUGUGUUUUGUACAUAGAAUAUUUAUUUUUAUACAGUUUUCACUUUUUGAAAAUGCCAGAAGUAUGAUACAUCUUACAGAUUAUUAAAAGAGAGAGAGAGAGAGAGAGAGAGAGAAACCUGCAUAUUUUGUACAGAAAAUAACCCCUUCCCUUUGGUUUACAAAAUGUUUGUGUAAGUCUGUGUCUCUAAUACACUUUCUGUUUGUGAGUACGGCCCUAAUGUUUGCAUGAUAUUUGUGCACACUUAUUAAGUUUCAAAGCUUAAUAAAUUAUUGUGUUCCAGUGCCAAAGGGAGCCAGCCAGCACCGAGGUGCUGCUAGCUUAUGUGUGGAUUCACAUCAACGUGGAGGUCCGUGAUGUUUGCCAGACUAGAUGUAUCUAAGAAUAUUGUAAACUCUUGUGGAUUUUCAUUAUUAAAAAGAAA